AUGGCAAAUGUAGACAGACUCAUUGAGCACAUCGGAGACUUUGGGCCUUUCCAGAAGAAGAUUGUCACACUUGGGUCAUUUCCGUUGAUCAUUUUUGCUUAUGUACUUGUUGGGGCUGUUUUCUUAGGGCACACUCCGGACCACUGGUGUUGGAGUCCUGGAUCUGAGCUCCUCCGGGAAGAAUGCGGCUGGACAGAGGUCGAAGUGCGGGAAGUAACAGUUCCCCGCUCUGAGCAGUCAGGAUCCUUCUGUCGCUGUGAGAGGUUUGCAGUGGACUGGAGCAAAAACCUAAACAAGUGCAGUGAACUUGACUGGAUGCUGACUUCUAAUUUAACCCAGCUGGCACCUUGUGAUGGCAGAUGGGUGUUUGACAAAAGCCGCAGCACUAUUGUUUCUGAGUUCUCAUUGGUCUGUGAGAAGUCUUGGCUCGCUGAUCUAAAUCAAGUUUUCCUGGCAUGUGGAUUUUUUAUUGGCGCUUUUGUCACUGGCUACUUGGCUGACAGGUUUGGCAGAAAGCCAUGUUUCAUUGCAUCAAUGGUUGGCCUUGGUGUCUCAGGUGUAGGGGUAAUGUUGUCACCAUGGUACUCCCUGCUGCUCGUCUUUCGAUUUCUACAAGGGUUUUGCGGAAAAGGAGCAUGGACGGCCAGCUAUGUAUUAGUGAUUGAGUUUUUUGGAUCAGAAAACAGAAAAUUUGUGUCCAUGGUGGGUCGGACUUUCUACAGCACUGGCAUGGUCAUCCUGUCUGGUCUGGCUUACUUCCUGUCCUCCUGGAGAACUCUGCAGCUGGUCAUGAGUCUGCCCUGCCUCCUGUUUAUCUUUUACCACUGGAUUGUUCCUGAAUCUCCACGUUGGCUGUUCUCACAAAAAAGAACAACAGAGGCCAUGAGUGUUGCUGCAGACAUUGCAAAAUGCAACGGGAGAUCUUUACCUCAAAAUCUUCCAGAGAUAAUUCUUUUGGAGGAAAAGAAAGAAGUAAAUCCGGUAUCAGUAAUGGAUUUGUUUAGGACACCAAGUAUAAGAAAAAAUACACUAAUUUUAACUUAUGCAUGGUUUACGAGUACUGUUGUGUUUCAAGGCCUGGUCUUGCGGUUGGGGAUCACAGGCAACAACAUCUUCUUGGAUUUCUUUAUCUCUGCUGCGGUGGAGCUUCCCACUGGCCUCAUCUUCUACCUGCUGGUUGACAGAGUCGGUCGACGCUCCCUCAUGGCCAUUGCAAACUUCACAGGUGGCAUUGCCUGCCUUGUCAUCCCUUUUAUCUCUACAGAUUUUGUGUGGUUGAAAAAGUCUAUUGCAAUCAUAGGAAGACUUGCUGUUGCCAUUGGAUUUGAGACCUUGAACUUUGCCAACACAGAGAUGUAUCCGACAUCUCUGAGAAAUCUGGGUGUGUCAGUGUGCUCAUCAGCCAGUGACAUGGGAGCAGUUGUGGCCCCAUUUUUGCUCUACAGACUGGCCAGUAUUUGGCAGGAGCUGCCACUUUUUCUUUACGGUGUGAUGUCCGUGCUGUACAGUGGAUUGGUGACAAGGUUGCCUGAGAUGAGCGGAGUUGCCCUGCCAGAGACCAUUGAAGAUGUGGAGAAUCUGAAAGGGGGGAGAGACAAGUCAAAGGAUCCAGACAGUUUUAUUAUAUGA